CCACGAGCCUAACCACUCUUCCCCCCUGAAAACAUUCCUCCGAGCACCAAACGGGCCUGCAUUGCUGCUGCCGGGGGGAGGUGGAAGGGGUAGCUGCCGCCCAAGCCCCUCUGCUGCCCCUGCCAGGAGUUUUUUUUUUUUUUUGCAGCAGGAGGAGCAGGAAGCUGCCCGGGUAAAUCACAUGACAGAGCCGCCGCCGCCGCUGCUCCUGGGCUUAGUUCAGCGCUCCUCGCACUGGGAGGGGGAACCUGCUGCCGCCGCUGCAGCCCGCGCCCCGCAGCUCCUCGCUCGGCCCCGCUGGUGAAUUUCCCGGCCGCUCGCUCCAUGCCGCUCCCCCGCUGCGGAAGUGCCGCGGGGGCAGCCUGAGGAGCAGCGCCCCGGCUCCCCGCGCUGGAAGGUGCUGCGGGGGCGGCCGGCGGGAGUAACAUGCUCACUCGGGUGAAGUCUGCCGUGGCCAAUUUCAUGGGAGGCAUCAUGGCUGGCGGCUCGGGCUCGGAGCACGGCGGCGGCGGCUCGGACCUGCCCCUGCGCUUCCCCUACGGGAGACCCGAGUUCCUGGGGCUGUCUGCGGACGAGGUGGAGUGCUCCGCCGACCACAUCGCUCGGCCCAUCCUCAUCCUCAACACGGAGACCAAGCGCCUGCCCUGGACCACGGGAUACGCCGAGGUAAUAAAUGCAGGGAAGAGCACACACAAUGAAGACCAAGCAAGUUGUGAAGUGCUUUUUGUAAAGAAGAAAACUGGAGGCACUAAUUACACACCAAACAAAAACACGUCCACCAAACGAAGGUCCUCACUGCCAAAUGGAGAAGGACUACAACUGAAAGAAAACUCAGAAAAUGAUGGCAUCAGCUUGUACUACUGGUCACUGUUUGACGGCCAUGCUGGAUCUGGGGCAGCUGUUGUAGCAUCCAAACUGCUUCAUCACCAUAUUGUGGAGCAGCUGCAGGAGAUUGUGGAGAUCCUGAAGAACUCUGCAGUCCUUCCCCCAACCUGCCUAGGAGAGGAGCCAGAAAGCAUGGUAGCUAAUAGCAGAACUCUAACCAGGGCAGCCUCCCUGCGUGGCGGGGUUGGGGCUCCGGGCUCACCCAACACCCCUCCAACACGCUUCUUUACAGAGAAGAAGAUCCAACAUGAAAGCCUUGUUACUGGGGCUAUUGAAAGCGCAUUCAAGGAAAUGGAUUUACAAAUAGAGCGAGAGAGGACUGUUUACAAUAUAUCUGGUGGCUGCACAGCCCUUGUUGUUGUGUAUAUGCUGGGGAAGCUCUACGUGGCAAAUGCUGGUGACAGUAGGGCCAUAAUAAUCAGGAACAAAGAAGUUAUUCCAAUGUCUUCAGAAUUCACUCCUGAGACUGAGCGUCAGCGACUACAAUAUCUGGCUUUCAUGCAGCCCCACUUGCUGGGAAACGAGUUCACACAUUUAGAGUUUCCAAGGAGGGUGCAGCGUAAGGAAGUUGGGAAGAGGAUGCUCUACAGGGACUUUAACAUGACUGGCUGGGCCUACAAAAGCAUUGAGGAGGACGACUUGAAGUUUCCCCUUAUAUAUGGAGAAGGCAAGAAGGCUCGUGUCAUGGCAACUAUUGGAGUAACUAGAGGACUUGGAGACCAUGACCUGAAGGUGCAUGACUCCAAUAUCUACAUCAAACCUUUUCUGUCCUCAUCUCCCGAGGUGAGAGUCUACAAUCUUCUGCAGUAUGAGCACGGACCAGAGGAUGUGCUGAUCUUAGCUACCGAUGGACUCUGGGAUGUAUUAUUAAAUGAAGAAGUGGCAGAAGCUGUCACAAACUUCCUACCAAACUGUGACCCUGAUGAUCCCCACAGAUACACGUUAGCAGCUCAGGACCUGGUGAUGCGAGCCAGGGGAGUGCUGAAGGACAGGGGCUGGAGAAUAUCCAACGAUAGACUGGGCUCAGGAGACGACAUUUCUGUCUAUGUCAUUCCUUUAAUACAUGGAAACAACUUGUCAUGAAAGUAGCACCAACAAUGAUAAUGGGAGGGGGGUCUUUUUAGGAAGAGCCUUUGAAAAGACAUGAUGUUCAGAUCUGACAAGGACAGUUCUGAUUGAUGUAAUUUAAUCUAAACUCAUGCUGGAAGGUGAUAUUUCUGCCCAAAAGGUAGGGCUCUGCACAUAUACUGUACACGAUUAAAGGUAUCUCUUAAGGUUACAGCUUCCCUAUAUUAAUGGGUUUUGGUGCUUAACAGGAAUAGAACUUAAAUGCUGCUAAUAUAUUAUGGAUUGGUGGUCCCUGUAUUGUCCCUCCAGGUGAGGACCCCAUUGUGACCUGAAACAGGACUUAAUCUUUUUCAGUUUACCAUGUGGCUUGGAACAGCCAUUUUCAGUUGUGAAAGUAGAAAUGGGGAUUGAAAGCCAGUGACUGAUGAUUGAAGUCAUGGCUUUGGGAUGGAUCAUUUAAAAAAAAAAAAAAAAAAGUUGUUAAAACUUGAUCUGACACUUGAUGUAAUUACACUUGCGAGUAAUUGUCAUUCUUUGUCCAUGAAGAACUUCCUACAAUUGUACUUAUAUGAUUGAAUUCUCAUUUUUCCCACUUGAACCCCCGUCAGAACACUCUGGAGACUUUACAGCUCCUUAUUUCACAUGCUUUGGUGGCAAAACCAAGACUGUCCUUGUGACUUGAUCUAACUCACCACAGCCAAGCCAUCUGCAAAAAUUGCCCCGACGAGUAGGGCACGUUGUGUUGAUACAAGAAUAAAUCUUGCAACAGGAAUUGUUUGUCAAGAUUUCCUUUGCUGUGUAACCAUGAUGCACCAGAUCUUUACUUGAUGCAGAGUUCCUCUGGAAGCCAAGGUUUCUUUGGGUAGGGCUACCCUGCAGCUCAGGUAGACUGACUCAAGCCCCUAGUGUGCUAAAAAUAGCAGGAUAGACAUCUCAGCUCAGGCUGGAGCUUGGGCUUUCAAGUGUAAGAGGUUCAUGGGCUUGAGAGGCUGAGCUCCAGCCCGAGCCACAACGUCCCUAUUGCUAUUUUUAGCCCUCUAGCUCAAGUCCAUCUGCCCAGGCUGGGAGGCUUGCUCCCACCUGGAGAGUAGACAUACCUUUUGGGACCUGGGAUUUUAAUUUUUUGGCUGGUUCUGUCUGCGUUAUCAUGCAUCCUGUUGAAAAGAUCACUGGACAUACAGCUUAGCGAUCAAUGUUCAGUAAAUGUAUUUUGUCUUCUGAGUUUGGGUUUAAUUGGGUGUCUGUGGUAAAUGUUAUUGUUCUAGUUAUUAACCCAGAAACACAGAUAGCAACCUUACUGAAAAUCCUUUCACUUCGGUCUCCCUUAUUAUUCACCAUAAAAGCCCUCUGCCCUGCCCCCAUCACCAGGGUCCCAUGCUCAGAAGGUGGCAACUCACUCAUAACUCUGCACCUUUUGGUACCAGGGUAGAGGAUUAACGUGUUAGUGGAAAUCCUUGGCUUGCUUGGUCUCCUCUACCAGUUGUACUCGAUCGAUAUUAAGAAAAAUCUCUCUAAAUAAGAUACCAGUGUAGAAGCAACAGUGCAACAGGAAACCAUUCAGGCAAAAUGCAGUGUAGACAUAGCCUGUGUAGAGUAGUAGUAGUGGAGGUGUGAUUUGCAGCUCAUGUAGGCAUACCCGCACUAGCCUUAAUCUGGCUAAAAACAGCAGUGAGCUUCAGCAUGGGCUAGCGAUGCCAGGGUGUACCCAGAGGUCCCAGGGAACUUGGACAGCCUGUGCUGACACCCACACUGCUGCAUCUUCACUGUUAUUGGGACCUGGGCUAGCUAGCUGAAAGCUUGCGUGGUUAUGGCUCCACAAACUGCGAAGCACAGCUCGGAUUACAGCGCAGACAUAGCUGUGGUUACUGUCCUAUAAACAGAGAACUCUCUUCAGUGCCACAGAUUUCAGUCCUUUUUUCAGAAGCUGCUAACAUACAGAGGGGUCCUCAUGUCUCGUGAGUCCCCUAACCGUGUACUGCUGGAGCUGCUGAUCCCAGGUUGUAAAUAAAAUUGGCUAGCUAGGAGAAACACAGUUGACAUAAUCCUAGCAGUAUGGGAGAGAGAACUAGAAACCUCACAAAUGGUAAGUUUGUCCCAAAGGAGAAAGUGCCAGUUUUAACAAGCAGAUGCCAUGUCCUUUGUAUUCCCUGAGGUGGUCACAUUUUCUUCUGAAUAGGACAGGCCUGGAGCCUUCCAACUGGGUAAUUUAUUAUGUGCUACGUACCGUGUGUUUUCAGUGAAGCUCAACAGGUGUUUAGUUCAAUCCAUGGCACUACAAGUUCUGCUAUGCCACCUUGAUGUGCAAGUACAACAAUCCCAGUGUACAAGACUUAAAAGCCCCUCCCUGUAAAUAGUAAGCAGGAGUUCCACGCUGAAAUGAGGCAGUGCUGAGGGGAUAAUUUGGCUCAAACAUGCCCCAAGUGUAUGAUUGUAGCCUGCAAACUGUUCCAUGGAUUCCACAGUGCCUGGAUGUGAUAGCACUGCAGAAAACACAGCUGUUUCAUAAUCCAGAACCUGCAUAAAUCGGCAGCCUAUCUGCUUAUAUAUGCUGUGCUUUACCUUUUUGGCCCUUACCUCUUUUUCUUUGUGCAAACGGAAGAGAUGCAGAUUUGAAAUCUGACUGAGUCUAGAACAUUUUCCACAUAAUCUCUCAUAUGUUUCAUAGUUCAAGCAAGAGCCUUUUCCUCAUUCACCUAUUUCUUCUUUCUUUGUUUGGCCUAGUAAACUUAUCCAUGUACUUUUUCAUGGGUUUUAUAGCUAUGUGUAGCUUUUGUAGUCCUCAGUGAGUCAGUUCACUUAAAUCAGGAGGGAAACUAAGUAGCGGUACUAACAGGAGGGAGCACUGGUACAUCUCAAGAUAAUGCCCGUGGUACCCGCUGUGAGCCUGAUUGAUACAAAUCCAAUGCCAGUGUGUUAUCCUUGAUUUUAGUUAGAAACAUGGUGUCUACAGCUGCCAUCAUUCAGAAGACAGGAAGAAGAAAGAUCUUUUAAUUGAAACUCAUUCAUCUGCAGUGCAAUAUGUGACUCCGCAUUACAGCAAGAGUUAGAAUAUUACUUUCCUUAAACUGCAAUGGAAAAUAUACCUUCCCAUUUAACAUUUUUAAAAGUAACCCUAAAAGUGUUUGGCACCAACAGUAAGGUGCAUCAAUCAAAAGUAGCAAAAUGACUCUUAGCAAAAUCUUCCCAGCAUUGCUAUUGCUUUGUGAAUUGAGCUCAGUAGGUUUUCUUGUUUUUUCAUUCAGACUUCCACCACAAAUCACCUCAUCCCUUUGCAGCUAGCAUGUCUAGAUCAUGGUAUGUUGGCUUCCAGAGCACUUCCUGGGAAGGCCAAAAUCACAUCACUCAGAACACUGAGAAAGAAAACAGAGACUCUCAAAUUCUGUGCAAACUGAAUUGCAGUCAACUCCUUGUUUUAAUGAGCUCUGAGGAUGUUCUAGUUUAAUAAAAAGCUUCCCAGUCAAACAUAAGUUUACUGUAAUUGUGCUGGUGGUUUUUUGUUUUGCUUUUCAUUCAAAACCUCUUAGAAAUGCACAAUCUUUCCUCACUAGAAAUGUCUGCCCAAUAUUACUCCCUCUGAUAUCCUGGCUUUUACCUACACCUCAGAAGAAUAUUUGGGGGUCGGGGGAGAAUUUUAGAAAAGAUAUUCAAGUACAUCUUGUUUUAUCAGAGGCUCUUGCUUCCCUUUGUAGAUUUCAGCAUAUUAUGGGUCACAGCAGCAAACAUUUCUGAAGGCAAGGAGAAAGCUUUGAAAAUUUUCUUCCCACCUAUGACCACUGUUGCGUGCAUGCCAUUUUCCAGCAAGAACAUUUUGUGCCUUAAAGGCACUACUUCAGUAAUAAUGCACGUUCCAUUAGGACAGCAAAUCUCAGUCCCCACGCUUCCAAUACACACAUGCACCCAUAGUGGAUUAGCCCACAGACAAGCUCUCAUUUUGGUAGGAUAUUUGACAUGCAGGAAUUGGACUGCCUAGGAAUGAUCAGCUAUGAUAAUAAUCCUGCUGUGCCGAUCGAUAAUCCUGCUUCACAAUGCUAUACUAUCCCCCUCCAAUCAAUCAGUACUAUUUACAAAAUCAGGAAGUCAUCAAAUCAUAGACUAGAAAUUAUAUAUGGAAAAUGACUAAUAAACCAUCUAGUCUAUCUCUUCUGCAAAUGUUGGAUAACUCCCUAAAGCUUUUUUUCCAAGUGCUUUCUCCAGUCUUAUUUUAAACAUCCCAAGCAAAGCGACUUCCUCUAUUCUCCUUUGAAUACUAUUCCGUACGCUAAUACAGCUGCUUCUCAAACUUUCUCCUGCCUAUGUGGCCAAAAAUUUCUCGUGCUUAAUUUAAUGGAAAGCCCAGAUAUUUCAUUUCUAUCACGUUUCUUUAAGUAACCAAUGGAGUUACGUUCUCUGAGUGAAUACAUAAUCAUACCACCUGAGAGAGCUCAUUGUCAAUAGCCCCUGCACCAGAAAAGAGAGAAAUUUCCUAAUAAAUUUAAAAGCAACAAGGCUGACUGUGUAAAGCAAAAGUGGUUUUUAGGCCACGGGACUGACAUGAAAUUAUUUACAUGAUCAAAUGUGACUAAAGAGGUCUCUGAAUUACUGUAGUAGCUGUGCUCUGUCUCCAUGCUGAUUUGAAGCACAAUACUUACAAUGUCUGGACAGGUCUUGGCUUUGAACUGUACUUGUACACAGACGUGGUUUUAAAGGACACUACAUAACCCAGCCAACUCUCUCACAUUUGUUCUUGCCUUUUUUUGCGUACAUGACAUCUUGGCUUGUAUCUAACGUGAAUUCCAGACUGUGGUAUUGCUAUUUCUUUCCAUGGCAUUCUAGAUGUGUAAAUAACAUUUUUUUUCUGUCUGGCUCUUAGAUGUAGGUAUCUUAAUGUGGCUAUCAUAUAGACAGUGACCAAACAAGGCUGGAACUGUGCUGCUGUUUUCUACCUUUGGUGUACUUGAAGGAGGCUCCCUUGUCAACCUCCACCUUUUUGUUCUUCCAUGGGUACUUUAUUUUAGUACUUU